GAGCAGAAAGGGAGAGAGAAAGCCAGGCCUGCUACUCUGGAAAAGCUGGCAGACCUUAUGGUAAUUUAGCCUGCUUAGUGAAGGUCAUCUUCAAGGAUCACAGGGGAAAAAAGUGUCUGGUCGGUUCUUGAUCUCUUUGAAUAUAGGCCUCAGGGCUGGCUGAGUAGCUGGCUACCUACCUGGUGUCCAACUUCGAUGUCUCAGUUGAAGAAUGUGGAAGCCAGGAUCCUACAGUGUCUCCAGAAUAAGUUCUUGGCCCGUUAUGUGUCCCUCCCAAAUCAUAACAAGAUCUGGACCGUUACAGUGAGCCCAGAGUUGGAGGAUCGCACGCCCUUGGUGAUGGUGCAUGGUUUUGGGGGUGGCGUGGGUCUCUGGAUCUUAAACAUGGAUUCACUGAGUACUCGACGUACAGUGCACACCUUCGACCUGCUGGGCUUUGGGAGAAGUUCACGGCCAAUAUUUCCCCGUGAUGCCCAAGGUGCUGAGGAUGAGUUUGUGACCUCUAUAGAGACCUGGCGAGAGACCAUGGGUAUCCCCAACAUGAUUCUCCUAGGACACAGCUUAGGAGGAUUCCUCGCCACAUCUUACUCUAUCAAAUAUCCUGAAAGAGUCAAGCAUCUCAUCUUAGUGGACCCCUGGGGUUUCCCCCUCCGACCUACCGACCCCAGUGAAAUCCGGGCGCCUCCAACCUGGGUGAAGGCCCUUGUCUCUGUCCUGGGUCGUUCCAAUCCUUUAGCCGUCUUGAGAGUGGCUGGACCCUGGGGGCCUGGCCUAAUACAACGAUUCCGUCCUGAUUUUAAACGAAAAUUUGCUGAUUUCUUUGAUGAUGACACAAUAUCAGAGUAUAUCUACCACUGUAAUGCCCAGAAUCCUAGUGGUGAAACAGCAUUCAAGGCCAUGAUGGAGUCCUUUGGCUGGGCCCGGCGCCCCAUGCUAGAGCGAAUCCACCUAAUUCGGAAAGAUGUGCCUAUCACCAUGAUUUAUGGAGCUAACACCUGGAUAGAUACCAGUACUGGAGAGAAAGUAAAACUUAGGAGGCCAGGCUCCUAUGUCCGAGAUGUGGAGAUUGAGGGUGCCUCACACCAUGUCUAUGCAGACCAACCACACGUCUUCAAUUCUGUGGUGGAAGAGAUCUGUGAAUCUGUGGACUGAACCGCCAACCUCAGGAAGGAAGAGCAUAGAAACCCAGCCCUCCUCCCCCUCUCUGCUUCCCUCUCUCCUUCCCUUCACCAAUACCUUGUCUAGGCAGAGUCACAUAUUCUUCAUAGGGGUGGGGCAGGACAAUAGUGAUGGAACAGCCCCUCCUGUCCACAUCCUGGAGAUGAAAGGCAGUAGUGGCCUGGAGCUUCCCCACCCUAGGGAUUUCCAUAAAGGAUCAUAGAUCCCAUCCUAUUCUCUCAUGCCAAAGUGUUAAACAAUGAGUUGAUUUUAAGUGUUGCAUAAACCUAUAGAUUUCUUCAUGUACGCUCCUCUUCCUAUACCUAAUGUGCCAAAGGGUAGGGGUCACCUCUCCUCAUGUAGAACAGAAAAACUAUGACUAUCAAACCUUUCCUAGAUUUUCCUAGGAAGAUUGGGAAUUUCUCAUGACUAUUCCUGGGAAUAGGCCCUCCGUGGACACAUCUCUUCUUAUAUUUUCCAACCUUUUUUCUCUGGUCAGACCCAGAUAGCUCAGGCCCAUUUUCAUUACAUUGAACCUAUCCUGAGACCUGAAAUCUUUAUUCCUUUGGGUUUCUUAGAACUCGGAGAGACCUUAGAGAUUAUGUGUUUCACUGUUUUUCUCUAACACAGCAUGGACUUAUCUGAGGGUAUAAGGUUAGUAAUCUAGGACUAAAUUUCAGGUCUCCUCUAUAUGACAGUGCAUCUCCACAUUUUGUAUUCUUGGAGAAUGAAGUGGGCCCAGCUGCCACAUCUCUCUGGAUGUAUCUGGUUAUUAACUCCACAAGUGUUGGCCCAUCGGUGUCUCAAUGUUCCGUUCCCACCUAUGAUGGGUGGCAGCCCCCCCUCCUGGUUCCAGCUCAGCUUGGGCUGGCAUUAAACCAUAGACUAAGGCUAGUGUUACGCUGCCCCCUCCUGACUAUUCACUGGAAGGCCUCUGAGUCUCCCUCUGUGCCUUGGGCCUUGAAGCCCCUCAUGGAUUAAGAGUGAUCCCUGGUGGGGAGAUGAAGGCAAUGACUUUACCCCCUCCUCCGUUGCUGGAAUCCCCUAGUAUUAACAGAGUCUUGCCACCAGCUAUCAGCCCCAACCCAAAGCCACUGGCCCUAUUAAGGAGCCUCACGCCACCUUGUCCUCAGUGCAGAGAUUGCUCUCAAUCUCAGCCCUUUGUCAUUGUUGCCAGUCAUGUUGUGCUUCUGGUCUAUCGACUUCCCGUGCCUCAGUGGGGCACUGCUAGGUAAUGUCAAUGAGACUAGCAACCUAAUGCAGAGCAUCUUCCAUCUACCCUUCUUUACUUAUUUUUUUAAAUCAGUUAUUUCAAUAGUAUUUGUACCAGCCCAUUCACCAUGGGACCCUUUUCUAUAUUAAUAAAGAAAUGAAGAAAAUGCUUAAA